GGAGGCGUGUCUUAGUUCUUCCCCAAGACCUCCCAAAGCAGGUUGUUGCGUUUUUGGCUCUAAAGCCUCCAGACCUCCGAAGUACUAGUCAGUUUUCGAAGUCGGAGCCAUGGCGACAACAGCUCAGUAUAUUCCGCGGAAUAACUCCUUACCAUCUAACCCACUCAUGCAUCCGGAUUCGGACAGGAUGCAUCAGGGGACGACUUACAGAGAGGUGCAGAAAAUGAUGCACCACGAGUAUUUACAAGGGCUAGCAGCGACCAACACGGGACAUCCGAUGAGCCUGACGCACCACCAAUGGCUGCCCACCUCCAACACCGACUGGACCAGCAGUACCCAUAUCGGUACACAGGAGCACAACAAAGCGAGCGUUCAGGCGAGCCGAGAGGACCUGAGCAGCGGUUUCCACCACAGAUCUCACCUGGUGCACCAGCAGACGCAGAGUGGCCAUCAUGGGUCGUGGGCGCCGACCACAACGCACCACUUGUCCCCGCUGUCCCCCGCUUCUAAUGGGCACCAGUCGCUAGUCUACUCGCAGCCGGGAUACACAAACCUCAAUGCCAUGCUGAGUCCCCAGCCCGCCUCUCUGCACCACGGCAUGCGGGACCCGCUCCACGACGACACAGGUAGCCAUGACAACCAGAUGGAGUCCCCCCAGCAGGCGUUCAGCCACCACCAGGACCACUCGGAUGAGGACGCGCCCAGCUCCGACGACUUGGAGCAGUUCGCUAAACAGUUCAAGCAGCGACGGAUCAAACUAGGCUUCACACAGGCGGACGUGGGCUUGGCCCUAGGUACCCUGUAUGGAAACGUCUUUUCUCAGACCACCAUCUGCAGGUUCGAGGCGCUGCAGCUCAGCUUCAAGAACAUGUGCAAACUUAAACCACUGUUAAACAAGUGGCUGGAGGAGACAGACUCUAACACGGGCAGUCCCACUAAUUUGGACAAGAUUGCUGCGCAGGGCAGGAAACGAAAGAAGAGGACCUCGAUUGAAGUUGGGGUGAAAGGGGCGCUGGAAAAUCAUUUCUUAAAAUGCCCCAAGCCCUCCGCCCACGAAAUCACCAGUUUAGCCGGCUCUCUUCAGUUGGAAAAAGAGGUUGUCCGUGUUUGGUUUUGCAACAGAAGACAAAAAGAGAAAAGAAUGACGCCGAUAGGGGUACCUCAUCCGAAUAUGGAGGACGUAUAUUCUCAAGCGGAGACUCCCCCUCUACACCACACACUACAGAGUCCCGUGCAGUGACUGUUUUCAUGAACAAUCCUACAAUGUCGGAGGAAACAAGAAAAAAAGAAUAGAAAAGGGAAAGGACUAUGGAGUUUACAGUAUUUAAUUUUGCUAUCGUUUUCCUGAGAGAAAAGAGACAUGGCAGGGUUGGACAGACAGAUGAGUUUUGUCCCAGUAACUGGAGAUUGAACAAAUGGAAAAUAGUUGAAAAGAAAAACAUACACUAUUACUGAAUUGAUUUCAUGCAUUUGAAAUGAAACAAAGAUCUUUAUUUACCAAAAUUCUAUGGCUGAGACAAACCAUGAAGUAAAUUCGAUGUUUCGUGGCUGUUCAAAGGGAAACGAUUAAAUGUUGCAAGUGGGGCCAUCUCCUGUCGGUGUGUCUUGAACUGAUGGCGCUCAUCACAGGGCGGGUUGUUUGCCUGAAAAUGACCAACAAAGGAGAGGCACGAAAGAACAUUUCGCUUUUCAGGCUUAAAACUGAUUAACCAAUAUUUCUAAUUAUUAGCCUAUUCUUUAUCUUUGUUCUAUUAAUUGUGAUGUUUUAUUUGUUUUGGGUAUUUUAACUUCAGUGUAUCUCCUGUUCUGAAGGCUGUGUUUACUGUUUCUUUCAUUUUAUUAUUGCAGGCCUACUGUAACGCAUCAAAAGCCUCGUUACUGUUGAGAAUACGUCAUCUGGUCAGGGUAGUUAGUGAAAAGAUAAUUGAAAUGAUGGCACCCGUUCACAAAAAAACCCUCACACUUAAAUGUCAAAUGCAUUUCAAAAAUGAAGAAUGCAACAGGACAUCUCAGUUCUGGCAGCCUUAAAAAAUGUAUGCUUUGCAGCUGACAACGUCGACAUUUGCAGAUAGCAACAGACGCUAAAAGAACAAUAUGGAUUAUACCGUAUGAAACAGGUUUUUCUUGUCGGUUUUUGGUAUUUGGUUUGAUUAUUAUUAAUAAUAAUUUCAUUUUGCAUGGAGCACUUAUUCGUUCGUUGAUAUUAUCAUUGCAAUUUUAUUAGUUUUGUUUUCAGGAUUUGUUUUCAGGUGGGCCUUUACACACUAUUUUCAUGUUUACAGGUUCCUAAAAUCACUCCAGGGCACUGUCAGCAACUUACAUUGCUAACUGCCAUGUUAUUCCAACUACAACCACACCCUUAGAAAGAGAAUGGUUAAAUACGGAAUGAAAGUGAUAUUCUCAGGUAACUUCAGUGCCCAGGUCGAAGUGUCACUCUGUUGUCAUUCUGUCUAUCAUUUACAAAAUGAAUUGGAAUUAUAUACCUUCGAUAUUGAUCCAAAAGAUAUGCUACACCCAAUUCAUUUAUACCAUUCCUAUUAUUGUAUUAUUAACACGAUAUUCAGAGAAAUUCCGAAGAUUCUCUAGUGAAAAGUGAUGAAGGGACCUGUUUUAGAUAUAUUUAUUUUUUUCUGGUCUGGAAGAGAAAGGAAAAAUUGAUGAACUACUUGUGCGCUGUGUCGUUUCUCUAGGGUCUGGUACAUUCUGAUGGACAGGACAAAUGCAUAAUGUAACAGUGCUAUUCGAUACCGUGAGGAAACAACUUUUUUCAAAAAAAGAUUUUAAAGAAAUUGUUGCCAGGAUUAUUUCCAAUGUGUAAAUAUGUCGAAUAUGUAAACAUGUAUUUGUUCUGAGAUAUUGUUUGUUUUUGUUUUUUUUUCCGGGCAGUUUUGUACACUUACUAAUUCCAAGAAGAUAUUUUAAUAUGAUUUCAUUUAUGAAUCUGACCAUUUAUAUAUAUAUUUAUUUCCUAAAUGUGUUUGGAGUUUUUUUGUUUUGCUCUGUUAAUGGUUAUGUUGCAGUGGAUUUCAAUAUUUUUUGUUUACUACAUCGGGUUGUAUGUUGAUUGCUAAAUGUAGACUGCAAAGUCACAUUUAUUCUAUUUAUGUUAUAGUAAUAUUUUAUUACUUACAUAAAACGUAUAUACAAGAAAAGGUCUUUUGUCUUCAUUAAGGAACCAAACAGUUGUUCAUUUUUGCUAACUAUUGUGAAACCACCAGACGAGGAAAAAAUAUGUACUGUAUAUGGUAAACAAAGAUUCAAUGCACAAAGUGUGUUGUGCUUAACAAUACUGAUUUUAGCGGUCAGAAAGUGUUGACUACAACAUGUGUUCAGUUAAAACCAGUAUUCCGUUAUGUAAUUGGAUUCAUUUUAAUCAGACGCUGUGUAAGCCUACGUGUGCUUUUGGGAAUAGACAGAACAGUAUUUUUACCUCAGGCAGUCAUAUCUGCAUCAAGUCCACACGACCCCUGACGUUGUUCACAUCUUUGUGUAAUCGCAGUAUUAAAUUGUGCAAUAUUAAUACGAAAAUAGUGUCUUUUCAUUGUCUGAUGUACCCAUUAUUACGAUCAUGAUUAUUGUUUGUAUUGUUGUUGUUAUUAUUAGGCUAUUAGCUAAUACUGUGACAUGAAACAAUUGCCAGGUAAUUAUUAGCAGCAAUGUCUCAGACUGCCUCUUGGUGCGUAGCCUACCAACCUGCCGAUAUAUGGUCAUUCAAUUUAAAAUGAGUAGUCUAUAGCGUUGAGGUACUUGUCUGUCC